CAAGAAAUAUCUAAUACCGGCCCAGCUCUAAUCUACAACCCAGCAGGGGCCCAGAGUAUUAAAAUACGGAGUAUUACGAAGCAUACGAACGUGUACGUAGAUGAUCGUCGAUCUCUUCCGGUGUCUAACGGCGUUCAGAUCCUUCCAGCGGCGGCGGCCCAAGCUCCUCUCGGCUCAGCGAUCCUCCGGUAGUUCAGUGCGACCCAGUUCGUAGGAACUCCUGCGGGAAAAUAGUCCGGCGCACAAUUGGGUUCUUCUCCGGCGAUAUCUCUCCGGCUAGAUCUGCCGCUGCUCAAGAAGAAAGAAAAUGGCGGCCUCGUUCAGAUGGAUCUUGCAGCUACACAAGGACGUCCCGAAAGCUGCUAAGUUUUACUCGGAAGGAUUGGGUCUCACGAUCAAUGUCUGCACUCUUCGCUGGGCCGAACUCGAAUCUGGCCCUCUCAAACUCGCUCUCAUGCAAUCCCCCAGCAAUGAUGUUGCAGAGAAGGGAUAUUCAUCACUUAUAUCCUUCACAGUAUCUGACAUCAACCAUACCGUGACAAAACUGUUAUCAUUAGGUGCAGAGUUGGAUGGUCCAAUCAAAUAUGAGAUUCAUGGGAAGGAAGGGGAUAUUACUCACUUUAGCUUGGGUGUUCAAAAUGUGCAAUGCAGAGUGAGCCUUGUACUCUUGUGCCCCCGCAUACAGUGCACACGUCAAACACUCAUUGGCUAGAGCACUGACGCAUUUUCUCCACGUUUCGGUGGCAGGUUGCCGCUGUGAGGUGUGCCGAUGGGCACAUGGUCGGUCUUCACGAGCCUGUCUAAGAGAGACAUGAGAGAAUGGACGAUCCUAUUUGGGGUGUAGCAAAUGCAUAUGGGAAAACUCACUGGAAUUUCGUAUCUGCUCAACUAAACGGCGAUGCUUUUCUGUUGAAACAUGCAACUGUAUCGGACAUGAUGAAGAACAACUACAGUAGAACUAUUGGUCUUUGAGGCUGCUACUAAUAAUAAGCUGAUGAAAGCAAUUUGAGGUAAAUGAGUUUGUAUUUUAUCCCGUAGUUUUUAAAUGGAGACCAAGAACAAAAGAGUGGAAAAAACGAAGUACUCGUAAAUUGUUUUAUUUUUUGUAGAAUGAGAUAGACUUUCAUCUGUAAUUCUUUUUCGUUUUAACUCAAGAGGUCAUAAAUUAUAGAUUGAAAUUUGAAUGUGCAACAUUGAAAGAAAGAAAUGUAAAACUAUUUCUUGUCUACGUAACUUUGACUCACUGAAUGUGAUAAGGGUAAG